AUGCUUGCCAGAGUUUGGUUCAUUACCGGCACGUCCUCAGGCCUGGGCAGAGCCCUCACAGAACAUGCCCUAGCGUGUGGAGACAUCGUGGUCGCCACCCUACGCAAGCCUGAAGCCCUGGCGGACCUCUCGUCCAGGUACGGCUCGGAGGCUUUGCUCGUCCUCCGUUUGGACGUCACCAAAAUGGACGAGCUCCAAGCUGCUUUCGGUAGAGCGAGAGAAACGUUCGGUAGACUAGACGUGGUCGUGAGCAAUGCUGGCUACUGCGUACUGUCGGAGGUUGAGGGCACACCUUUGGACGUCGCGCGGUCGCUAUUUGAAGUCAAUUUCUGGGGAGCCGUGAACACUACCCGCGAAGCGGUCAAGUUUUUCCGCGAGGUGAACAACCCACCCGGCGGCAGACUCGUGCAUAUAUCGUCGAUGACGGGCGUCAAUCCUAGUCCCUCUGCCUCCUACUACAGUGCAAGUAAACACGCGGGCGAGGGGCUUAUGGAAGCAAUGUCUGGGGAGCUCAAUCCUGCUUGGAACAUCAAGGUCACCAUCAUCACGCUCGGUGCUUUCGAGACACGCGUGAUGAAGGAAUCACUCGUGCGCGUGCCCCAACAUCCUGCGUACGCAUACGAAGGCAGCUUCACGUCUAUGGCGCGCCAGUGGACCGAGACGGUCACCUUACCGGGUGAUAUCACGAAGGCAGCCCGAGCUAUUCAUCAGAUAUCCGGCGACGACGACGUGCCCUUGCGGGUAGCACUGGGUGAAGACGCCAUCGAAGCUGUCCUCACGAAGAGUGCAAGGCUCAAGGAAGAAGUCGAGAGGUCGAAACACUAUUCCAGUGACCUGAAGGCAGACACCAGCCUUUGA